AUGGGCGACAGAGGGUAUCAAGACCCUAGCAAGGUAUCCGAUGCUAAGGCACUGCAAAUGUUGUUCAAAUCCAAUACCGGGGCCAAGGGUCAAAGCAACAUCCCCAAGAAACGAGCAGGCCCAUCGAUGCAAGCUGCGCGCCCAGCACCUGUGCCCUCAAGCGGUUCUACUACUCCGUCAACAACAGCUCGGUGCUAUCAGUCGACCCUUCUCCCUAACCCUCUUGAUCGUAAACCCGGAGCUAUUCUGGGCUCGUCAGUUUCUGAUUUUCUUGGUCGAAGAGAUGUAACUCCGAAGCUGUCUUCCAAUCUUGUCCAGGGUCAAGACCAUAAGGGCAAGGCCGAGGUUCCAUCCACUCCAUCCACUGUUCCUAAGGUACAGGCUGUGUCACCCAGUCCCACUCAAAAAGAAAAUGAGAAGCCUAUGGUCAAGCUUCCGCCUACUUUAGCCGUGAUUCCGGAGGCUGCCAAGGAAGAUCUCGACUCCAUUCAGGGGCAGAGCGAGAAAGCUGGGGCUCAUGCCACAUCUAUCAAGCUUCACACAGUUUCUAAGGCCCCUGGAAGAGUCAGCAGUCUUGAUCUCCUCUGUGACUUUGUCACUGAUUCAGGCCAAGCUUCUAUCAAAGCUUCGACUGCAGGAACAGAAACUGGUCACUCAAAGAUGCCAGUUAAGACUGUCAACCCUCCCGGUAAAGAGACGAAAAAGAAGAGUCUUUUGGAGCUAUUCCAAAACCAAAAAUCGGACGAUGAAUCGGACUUUGGCGUUUCUGAUUGUCAAACGAAGAAGGUAGCUACACAUGACUCCAAGAACGCCGAACCUUUGAAGUACACGCCCGACAAACUUCUGGAACUGAAGGCAAAUGCAAGUGUGGGGGUUCUUCCCCCUAACUGCAUAGUCAAGCGUCACAACAACAGCCAGAAAGCGGGCAUUGCUGCCACAUACAAAUCGGCUGCCAGUUUCAUUGCUCAUAAGACUACCUCUGUAUCUGGAUCUCAGGCUGAGAUGACUGAGUCUACUGUUCUUCGUCCCGAUGCUCCGCAAACUUCACCCAAGCAGGCUAAGCUCGACUCUAUUCAAGCUCCAACUGUGACCGCUGCCGAACCUGCACAGGUGGAAGAUCUUAUUGACUUAGAGGGAGGUCAAGUUGAGCUUAAGUCUGGGACUGCAAAGGAGGUACCUGGAAUUGCCUCUGUCGAUCAUCAACGCUGGAUGUCUGGCCAUACCUAUGAUGAUCUCGCUGAUCUGCAAACUUCUUCGGAGCAUACUAAGCUUGACUCCACUCAAGCUCCUACCGAGGCCAGAUCCGAAUCUAUGCAGGCCAAAGAUCCCGUUGCCAUCAAGGAAUCUCAAGGCCCAGAAGAGCCUCAAGCGCUUCGCCCUCAGGCACCUGGCUUUGUCCCCAGAUUGCACCCGCCGCCAGUCACUUCCAUGCCAGCCCAGCAUGCGACUCCAUCGCCAAUUGAGUUGGGGUGUAAUGAGGACUCGCAACAUGUCUCGACACAGACACUUGCUCCUGAUGCCCAAUUCAUGGUCACCGCGACGCCUGUUGCCACUUAUGCCAAUGGCUUCCGGAUCACCGGCCCUGCCACCAGUCAAAUCAUGUCCAGGUCACCUAUCAAUGACAUCUUCUCGACCGAGCUGCCCUUGCGCACUGCUGGCGACAAUGGGGAGGUAGCUCGUGCCCCGAGAAAGCCCACUAAGGGCCUUGGUGCAUCCAUGUGGGCUAAGUAA